AUGGUCCUUGCUUCAUUCUCUCCUCUCAGCGCGGUCGCACGUAUGGCCGCCAGGAAUUCGGCCUUCCAGUCCAAGCGCUUCUUGGCCCAGGUGAGCGCCACCCCCAAGAUCCAUGACCAGGCCAAGCCCUCCAGCUACAAGGUUGUCGUCGUCGGUGGUGGAUCUGCUGGUCUCUCUGUUGCUUCGACCCUUGCCGAGACUUUGGGAAACAAGUCUGUUGCCGUUGUUGAGCCAUCAGAUGUCCACUACUACCAACCCCUGUGGACUUUUGUCGGAAGCGGUCUCAAGACGUUUGACGAGUCCAAGAUGGCUAUGAGCGAGGUCAUGCCCGAGAAGGCGCAAUGGAUCAAGGACUCUGUCGCAUCGUUCAACCCCACCAAGAACACCGUUGUCCUUGCCAACGGAGAGUCGAUUUCUUAUGAUUACCUUGUUGUUGCUGCCGGAAUCCAGGUUAACUGGGGUAAAAUCAAGAACUUGCCCGAGACAUUGGGAAAGAACGGCGUCACGUCCAACUAUUCUGCACAGUCUGUCCAAAAGACGGACGAGUUUAUCAAGGCCUUCAAGGGCGGCAACGCUCUCUUCACCAUGCCCUCGACCCCCAUCAAGUGCGCAGGAGCCCCUCAAAAGAUCAUGUACCUCGCUGAGGAGCAAUGGCGCAAGGCCGGCAUUCGCGACCAGACAAAGAUCAACUACUUCACAGGACUCGGCAAGAUCUUUGCGAUCGACAAAUACGCCAACGAGCUGCUCAAGAUCUGCAAGGCCCGCAACUUGAACAUCAACUAUUUCACCGACCUCGCCGAGAUCCGUCCCGACUCGAAGGAGGCCGUCUUCAACGUCCUCGCUGGCGACGCCAAGGGCUCGACCCUCACUCUCCCUUACGACUUUUUGCACGUCACACCCCCUAUGGGUGCCCCUGAUUUCAUCAAGGCCUCGCCCCUCUCGAACGCUGACGGAUGGGUCGAUGUCAAUAAGGAGACUCUUCGCCACAACAAGUUUGACAAUGUCUAUGCUCUUGGCGAUUGCUCUUCCCUCCCUACCUCCAAGACUGCAGCUGCCAUUACUGCCCAGAGUGCUGUCUUGAAGAGCAACCUUCUCGGCGAUAUCCUUGGCGACAACAAGGAGGUCGCAAAAUACGACGGAUACACCUCCUGCCCAUUGGUAACUGGAUCAGACAAGUUGAUUUUGGCCGAGUUUAGCGGAUACACUGGCCAGCCUCAGGAGACCUUCCCCUUUGACCAGUCCAAGGAGCGCUUCUCGACCUACUUCUUGACCAAGGAGAUUAUCCCUGAUAUUUACUGGAAGUCCAUGCUCAAGGGCAACUGGGAUGGCCCUGCCAAGUACAGAAAGUUGUUCGGUGCCGCAUAA